AUGAAGAAAAUAUUGAACAAAUUGUCUGGGGCUAUGACUAAUGGAUACACGAAGGAACAAGAUGCAUGCAAGAACAUUUUACAUAAUGGUAAUACAUCUCCAGAAGCUAAUAAAAGGGCAUGUCAGCUUAUUACAGAAGGUCUAAGGCAUAUAUAUGAGGUUUCUAUAGAUGAGAAGGACAACGGGGACGGUAAACCUCAGAGGAACAAACUGUUCAAGAGAACUAUGGGAUGUCUAAUAUUGAAUAUAUAUGCAGAUAUGCUGAAAAAUAAUGGACAGAAAUGUGACGUAAGUAAGGGAAUAGAACAAGCCUUUCUUAAGAGCGGAGAAAUUAAAAAUACCAUAAAAGACUGUAAAAGUGAUCCUCCUUGUCUCCAAUGUAACAGGGAAGAAAAUCUAACUUGCACAAUAGGAGGACAGAAUGUAAAGGAAAACGUGAAAACAAUGCUCGACCAGAAGAAACAGGAAAUAGAAAAAACUCUAAAGGAUCUAUGUUCAUCCUCCACCCUAACAAUAGACCCAAGGACUUGCUCAAUCAAUGGGCUGGAGGAAAAUGAAGAAGGUAACUGGGAUGAGGUGUUUACUGCUUUCUCAAAUAAUCCAAGUGAUGCUGAUGAAGGUGGUGCUUAUGCAAAAUGGAAAGAUAUGAUGAGUGUAUGCGACUAUAAUGCAAAGACGGAUACAGAAUGGUCGAACCCAGAGAAAAGUUUCUGCAGGGUUAUGAUAAGAAAUUUAAUAAUUGCAAAUGAGCAGAAAUUUAAAUGCGAGGAUAGAAGCAGCAGGGGGCAGGGUAAGAAUUGUGUGACAAAAUGUGAUUUGUUGAAUAUGUGGCUUAUGUAUGUGAAGGAUCGCUGUAUUAACAAAGACGUCAUUGAGUAUGCGUUUGAAGCAAUGUAUAAUGUAGAAGAACAGUUAGGGAAGGGGGAAAAGGAUAAACUCUGUAGGUAUGGGAAAUUUAGUAACAUUGUAAGAGAUAGCGGCGAUGUACUACAUACGGUUACGAGUAAAAUGGCGUGUGAUGCGAAGCUGGGGAAACUUAACAACAUACACAAUAAGGAUUGGUGCACUGAAAGGAACAGGAUAUAUACGAGAAACCUAAUUGAGGGCGUGGGUCGAAGUGACAGUAAAAGCAGAGAAAAUAUAAAAGGGAAGGAGCUAAUAAAGAACUUAGAAGAGAAGGAACAAAAGUUGAAGGACGAAUUGGACAAAGUGAAGGUAGAAGUGCAGAAGCAGCAACCCCCCCAGGAAGGUACCAGUACCUGCAGCACUCCAUUAAAGGACCAUUUAGACAGGGACACGACCUGGUGGAAGAGUACCAGGGGAAAUUCGGAUGAAGACAUGUGGAACGACAUCAAACCUAGGGUAGAAGACAUUGCCAAAGCUGUAUCUGAUAACAACGAGGAUGUUAACGGUUACUGCAGUGGCAACAAGUGGGAUGGAGGAAGCAAGAAGGCAUGUCAACUCAUUGUUAAAGGGCUGAAGAAGGUAUAUAGUUAUACAGAGGAAACAACGGAUAAGGACGCCAAGAAUAAUAAAGAUUUUAAGAGUACUAUGGCUUGUAUGGCAUUAAAUGUAUUCGCAGAGAGAAUAAAGGAAGAAAAGUGCAAUGUCGCACAGGACAAAAUAGAAAAAGCAUUCAAUGAAGGGAAUGAGAUUCAUAAUAACCUAUAUUCCAAAAAUGGUGAAUGCGAAAAGUGCGGGUGGGAACCAAAUACGGACGUUACUGUUGCGAGCGAAGGACUUCGGCAAAAAAUAAGAGGGGAACUCGAAAAGAAUAAAGAAAUAACACAAACUCUAGAGAAAAUAUGUCAGGACGAUACUAUACCUGACACCGCAGCACCAAAAUCUGCCGUAGGACCGGUAGCACCAUCACCAACGGCUACCACAUGUGAAAAAAAGUUUCAGGAUGAACAUAAUAACACAAGCAACAAUGAUUAUUUAGCGACUUUAAUAAAAGAAUGGGUGGAUAACCAAGGGCCGUGCGGUCAGGGAAAAAUAUGGGAUUAUAUACAAAAAAUAUUCACCGAUAUGGUUGACACAUUCCCAUCCCAGGAGCGUCCGGUUAACACAAUUUGUGCUGGCCCAAACCGUAAGGAUGGGAAACCAUUUUCUAACAAUCAGAAAGAAUACUGUAAAGCUCUAUUAAAAAUAAUCCUUUUUAUGAAUGGGCUAACACAGAAUAUACAAUAUAGGGUAACAAACAAGGAUAGACGAGAAGGGGUAGGGGCCUAUUUAACAUGUAUAGUAGGAACUGUAACCAUGUUCGAAUUAUAUGGAGAACACUGUUGGUUUGAAGAAAUUAUGAAAUAUAUAUCAGAAAAAAUAGGACCAGAACUACAGAAGAAAAAUAUUCCAGAUAAACGUGGAAUAUGUAAUAGUAUUAAUGUUAAGGAGACCACAAUUGGAACACAGUUAGUUGGUACAAAAAUAAAAAAAUGGAUUGAGGAGAAGAAGGAGAAAAAUGAUAAAGCAAUUAAUAAAUACCAAUAUAUAAUGAAAGAAGGGCAGCGCAUGAAGGAUUGUGCAACUGAAACAGUUUGGAGAACAGAUAGUAAGGGAAGUAGUCAAGGUAGUGGAGGAUGGUUAGAUGUAAAAGAAAUAAUAGAACUAAAGAAAACAAUUAAUGAUGGAGGAUAUGUAACCGAAGAAGGUACCAGGAAGAUAAUGGAAGAAAUCAGGGAAGUAGAGAAGGAGGAUAACUUAAUAGAGAAGUUGAAGAAUAAAAUAAAAGACCAAAUACAGAAGCAAAUGAAGGAAAAGGAAAGACAAGAUACAAAAUCAGGUAAGGACAGUGGCUGCAGUAAUAGUGGUCAGAAUAUACCUGAUAUAGGUUUACAGAAGUCAGGUGUGAGCAUAGCUCCAGGAUGUACCUCAGACAAAGAUUUGGGACAGCCUUCUGAGGAUUUGAUAGCAAAGUAUGGGGACAAUGGUGCCACUACUCAUGAUGCUAAUUCUAAUACUGGUGGUAACAGCAACGAUCAGAAAGAUACUGAUGGAAGAAAACCGCAUAAACCUGACCAGUCUGGUGACACAACUGUGGCAGGAGGAGUAAUAUUGGAGGAUGAUGAUAAGAAGGUUCCCGAUACCCAGAAUGGUGUUCAGCCGCAACCUGGUCAUCAUGGCAGUGCUGAGGAUUCUGAUCCACAGAAUUCGCAAGAUCCAGAACCUAAGGAAAAUGAUGUUAAUGUACCCGUCCCUACGGUAGACUUAUCGUCCCCUCAGGUAGAAGUAACAACUCCGGACAAAUCAAUACCAGCAGCAGGAAUAACUCCACAAGGAGUUGGACAUAGAGGAUCUGGACAAAAGGAACGUUUAACAGUUCCAAAAUUACCAACGAAAAAAGCCCGAAGCACCCCUCUAGCUCCAGUCCCACUUCUUAGCAAUAUCGACAACCUUCCUGAUCUCCUUACUUCAUACCUUCCUACCAUUCCUGUCCUAAUUGGUACUUCUGUUAUGACCUACUUACUCUGGAAGUAUUUGUUCCUCGGUAAGAAAAGGAAACGUCACAGAAGGGCUCAUCAAGUAUCUGGUCCUCCGUCCUUAGGAGAACAACUCCUUGAUCCUGUGGACGACCAGGAUGGUCCAUAUGAAUAUACCUUAGUAAAGGAACGAAAACCUAGACGUCGGCAAAGAAGAUCACCCGGAAAAAAACCAGUUAGCCGCCGUACGAUUAUUGAUAUUCAUUUAGAAGUAUUAGAUGAAUGUCAAAAAGGGGACCUGCAUUCGACGAAGGAAGACUUUUUUGUAAUUUUGGUUCAAGAAUUUAUGGGAAGCGAAUUUAUGGGGGAAGACUUUGUUCCUGAGGAACAACUUCCCGAAGUUAAUGUUCCUAUGGAAAGUGUUCCUAAGGAGGAAGGUGUUCUUAAGGAAGAUGCUCUUAAGGAAGAUGUUCCUAGGGAAGGUGUUCCUAAAGAACAAUUAGGAAUGGAACAAAAUUUCUCUUUAGAGAAUCUUUCUUCUUCAGAGAAUGAACAUUCGCCCCCAACAUGCAAUGUCCCAUAUUGGAUUAAUUGGAUUGAAAAGAAUAAAACCCUGUUGGAAAAGUGUAGAACGCAACCUUGGUUUUGUGACCUAAAGGUAAGUUGGAAAGAACAUCGGAAGCAAAACCAUAUACCUACCGAGGAGAGUAAACAGUGUUUCUUAAAUGACAAUGGGGAUAUUCCUUCUCUGGAAAGUCAUAAAAAGGAAUUGUGGAAACAAUGGGUUGCAAUGCAACAUGACCUUAUGGAAUUAAACAGUCAAACAGAUUGGUUUAUCCAAAUGUUAGAAAAUAUGGAGGAAAUACCUAACGAGACAGAAGAAUUGUUAGGAGUUGACAAGUUACAAUCGCAGAGGCUAUGCCCAGAAUCUUAUAAGCAGAAACAGUUUGUAGCCAAAUUGUGGAUGCUUAUAUUGGCGUUGAUGUUUGAGGAGUGUGAAAGGGAAGAAAAUGUUCAUAAUAAAGAACUCUAUUUAGAUGGUCUAUUACAGAAUAUUUGA